UAUGUCAAUCAGUUAUUUGUAAUAAUAAAUGAUGGACGUUUGCGAGGUUAUAUUAUUAUUGAUCAGCUUUAAUUUCCUGGUUGCAGCACAAUAUUCGCGUCCGGAUGUGAGCAUGGUUACUAAAGAUGAUAGCGCAACGUGUACCUCAAAAUAUAGUUCAUGUGAAGUGAAAAUAGAUGACUCCUUUAGGAUACCAGGACCUGCAGGACCCAUGGGACCACAAGGACUCAUUGGACCGCCAGGUGAAAAAGGAGAGACGGGAUCGCGGGGAGCUGAUGGAGAGAAGGGACCAAAAGGAGACACAGGAAACCAAGGCAAAAAGGGGGACAUGGGAUAUCCAGGAGCAAAGGGGGAGACUGGCAGGAAAGGUGAAGUUGGACCGCCUGGGCAGAAUGGUUUACCUGGAACGUGUUACUGCGCGGAGCCAAUGGUGUUUGGACUAUCAGCAGAAUCAGAGGGUACAGACGAAAAUCCCCUGAAAGAAAUUUGUAAGACCAAGGGACUACCAAGCGGAAGUUACGUAGCGUUUCCAGGGGACCCCAUCCACAUCAGCUGUAAUGACACAAGUUAUUUGACAUGUGUAAUCUUUAGUGCGACAACUACACCUGUUUAUAAUCAUACGACUACAGAUAAACCUUUUUGGUUAAGUGAAAUCAGGACUCUUAACACCACUGAGUGGUACGGGCUAUCAAGAGAACACAUUCCGUGGCUACAAAAACAAUCAGUCCAUGGGAAGCAGACACUGAGGAUUUAUUACAAAAAUUUUCAACCCAAAUUCGGCCGUGAAGAUGCGACAAUAAGUCUACUAACGUGGAAUGACUUGAUUUUAAAACCAUAUCCUAGUGAGACAACGCCGAUUUUUUACACCAAGACUGAAAUGCCGGAGCCUUGCGAUCCAAUGACUCGAGACGAUUGUUAUGUGGAUGUGGAGCUCGUUUCCGAAACUGUUAAUAGACUGCCAAUUAUGGAUAUACGAAUCGACGAAGUACCUGGCAAAAACGUACAACUCAGGAUACAACAAAAAGAACUAUGUUUUGGUUAAAAUAAGAUUUAAUGUGGCGGUAACGUUAUACUAUAUUAUGUGCAACCUAGUAUGUAUUAAUAAAGUUGAGCAUUUGAUAA